UGUGUGUGUGUGUGUGUGGGGUUGUUGUCCCGGCCACUCCGGGCCGUCCCGUCCCGCUCGCUUUUACCCCAGUGCCUCUUGAUCGCUUGCUCACCCACCACAGCCCGCGCAUUUCCCAACGCUUCCUAUGCACGUGUCAGCCGUCUUAGUUCUGGAGGCGCACGGUGGGAGCCGUCAGUUAGAAGCACUUUUUCCUCCCUAUUCACCAUCAUCAUGCCUGUAGACUACAGCGGAACCUGGGACAUUGUCAGCAACGACAACUUGGAAGGGUACAUGGUAGCCCUGGGCAUUGACUUUGCAACACGGAAGAUUGCAGGCAUGCUGAAACCACAGAAGGUGAUUGAGCAAGAUGGGGAUUCCUUCACCAUCAAGACCUUAACAACCUUCAGGAGCUACAGCUUCUCCUUCAAAAUAGGAGAAGAGUGCGAGGAGGUGACGAAAGGUCUGGACAACAGAAAGUGCCAGACUGUAGUGAACUGGGACAAUGACAAGUUGGUGUGUGUGCAGAGAGGUGAGAAGAAAAACCGUGGCUGGACCCACUGGAUUGAAGGGAACAAGUUACACUUGGAGAUGUACUGUGAAGGUCAAGUCUGCAAACAGGUCUACGGAAAAAGUGCUUGAACAUAUUGCUGAUAUAAAUGAAGCACACCAACAUUUCCAAUAUAAUUAACAAAAAUUGUAGUUAUAACUACUGAAAAAACUGACAAACGUUUCAAGUUGUGUGUCCUGGUGUGUUGUGUGCAUCUGAAGCCGGCUGGUUUUCAGUCUUGGCCGUGAUGUGGUGGAAUUAACUCCCAUUGUCCCUCAGAAGUGCUGAAUCCCUCCGAGCACUCAAGAAGGGUCUCAACUCAUUUCUCUUGGACCCACUUCCCUCUUGAGCUCCUGAAGCCUUCAUAAGAUAGACCUUCACCACCUGCUACUUUUUAUCCUUUAUUUUCCUCUUUGUAUGUCUCUUCUGUAGGUAGCUACAAGAAAUAUGUGUACUGUCACAACAGCUGUACCAAGUUGUGCUUCAAUAAACAUGUGUUUGUAUCUAA